CCAGUUCCUCUUUCCAAGAGACUGUCUCUGACACUUUAAUCUCAGAGUUGAGCAGUUUGGGGUCACUUCUUGGGCUGUCCAAAAGAUCCAGGUUUAUUCAUCUACUGGCAGCCACAGCAUGACCCUCCACUGACCCUCUUUGGAAGAAGCCCGCCGUCCUCCUCGGUUACCCAUGUGCAUUCUUUUCUUCAAGUUUGACCCUCGACCUGUUUCCAAAAAUGCAUACAGACUCAUCCUAGCAGCCAACAGAGAUGAAUUUUAUCACAGGCCUUCAAAAUCAGCUGACUUCUGGGACAGCAGCAGUGAGAUCCUCAGUGGUUUGGAUAUGGAGGAGGGAAAAGAAGGUGGCACGUGGCUUGGGAUCAGCAAGAAAGGCAAGAUGGCAGCCCUGACAAACUACCUGCUACCAAUGAUAAACAAGAAUGCAAAAGGACGAGGUGCCCUGGUGACAAAUUUUUUGACGUCGGACAUGGACAGUUACUCUUACUUGAAGAAAGUUGCCUUAGAAGGACACCUUUACAAUGGAUUUAAUUUAAUAGCAGCGGACUUGAACACCACCAGGGGAGACGUAAUUUACUAUUAUGGAAACAAAGGAGACCCAGAACCUGUCUUCCUAAAUCCCGGGGUCUAUGGCCUGAGCAAUUCGUUGCUGGAUACGCCGUGGAAGAAACUCCAGUAUGGAAAACAGCUCUUCACCGAUGUCAUCCAGCACAGCCAGGACCUUACAAAGGAAGAUCUGGUGCAAGAACUCAUCAAAGUGAUGAACAACCAAGAACCUCAGUUGCCAGACCCAGCCAUUGAGGAUCAGGGAAAAGAGUGCGUCCUCCCCAUCCUGAACAAGUAUGCAGCCAUUUGCGUGCGUUGCCCAGAUUAUGGAACCAGGACAAAUACCGUCAUUCUCAUUGAUGCAGAAGGGCACGUCACUUUCACAGAGCGCACCAUGCUAAAUGCAGAUGUCGACCAAUGGAAAACGAGCAGCUACCAGUUCAAACUGCAAAUUUAACAGCUUUCAGUCUGAAUGGGUCACUAGGAAAUAAGGAGAUAAACAGAGAGGAGGACAAGCAAUUGAACUCUAGGGGUGGGGAAGGCUUAGUAGCCGUCUUCACUGAGUAAACUGUUCAAUGAUGUUGCAUAAAACACUCUGGCAACCACCAAAACCUCAUAUAUAUAUUUUUGGCACAAAAUCAAGAAACAGAAUAAUUUGGAUAUGAAGUCCUUUCUACGCUUAAGAAACAGGACACACCUCUUAGGAGCAACUUUCAAAUGGAUUACUGAAUUGCUUGGCACCAAUAUUUAAUUUGCUAUCAGUGGGAUGUACAUAGUUUCUGGAAUAAUCAUGUCUUGCAUUGGCGGUGGGUUUUUGACCGAGGACAGCUGGGAAAUGGAAUUGUGAGCUAAAUCCAGCGCUAUAGCCCAACUUUGAGUCAAUCUGAUGAAAUCCAUGGAACUUGUUAAUUGCAAUUGCUUAAGUCCCAUUGAUUUCAGAGAGCUUGUACAAACGAUGGAUUUAACUUUUGUGAUGUAAAGUGUGGUAAGAGAAAAGAAGAAUUCAGUUUCAAUCAUGUUGUACUAAUUCAAUGCCACCGGUGCUCAUUGCUUAUGGAGAACUUGGUUGUUUUAGAGCUCCAAAUGAACGGGAGUUAACUGAUGCUUCAGCAAUGCAGAGAAUUGCAUGCAGUCAUUUCCACCUUAACAUCAACAUAAAUAGGGCCACCACUUUGUGCUUGAAGCGGCUCUCUGUAUGUUGGAGCCCUGAUAAGAGUCUAUGGCAAGGGUGAUUAUCUUUUUACCACUAACCCUGCUAAGGAGAAUUGGUCUAGAAACGUCAUAAAACAGAUAGAAUGCUUUGAUCUUCAGUGUUUUAUCCAAACGCUUUCUGAGACCACAAUGUCUUUAAAAAUCAGUUUGCCUCCCUUUUGCUUUUAAAGCAAGGCGAGAGUACAUUGAAAAGGGAAGUUGAAACAGAGGGACCCUCGUUCCCAUUGUGGUGAUUGAAUGUAUGUAUCACUUUGCAGCUUUUGGUGUGUGACUAUAUGUAAGUAUUAGUGUUGCAAUACAUGGGAUCAUAGGCAAGAUAGCACUUACUCUUCCAGCCUUUUGCCCAGAGUUGCUUUUUUUGGACAGAACUCCCUGAACCCAGCCGUCUUGGGAAAUCUGGGGAUUAUAAUUGCAUGGGGAUUCUAUUGUUUACUAAUGUAUUAAGUCUUCCUUUGUAUCGAACACCCAAGUGACAUCAUGCCGAAAGAGGAACCCUACGACCAUUUGUCUGGGAAUAAGCCCUAUUGAACUCAAUCCAAGUUACCAUAAGUAAGUGUCAAGAUCUUUUCAGCAGAAUUGGGAAAGGCUAAAUGAAAAAUACUCCGACCAUUGUUCAUCUCCUAUCCCGUCUCUCGUUGUUGUCUCCAGGCAACACACAGUUAAAUAAUAUUCCUUGCACAUGUUUUACCUUGCAUUCAGAGUAAAUGAGAAUGGUUGUGUUCUACAGCGAUAUUGUGCUUUAAGCUGGGAACUUGGAAAAUAGUGGCUGUUGCAUUUUAUACGUUCUUUGUAACUGCAGAAAGCUUAAGAUAAUUCCUCGAAUGCUGUUCAUUUGUUAGACUGUGCCAAGAGCUUGGGGGAGUUGAGAAAUCCUAAAAUCCAAUGUAAUUUUUUCCCUCUGUACUUAAGUCCAUGGACAAGACUGAGCAGCUAAGAAUGCAUUGCCAGGGCUUUUUCAUUUCUUUACUCAAUCUGAUUACAAAAUACUCUUUCUAAAUUACUAUUCCAUGAGUCUCAAGAAUGACUGAAGUUUUAGUCUUUCUCUUGUGUCUGUCACAUUUAAUGGCCUGAAUUCGGCUGGUUAGCUGAGAAUAGCUGAACAUAUAGGUAAGUCCCAUUGAAUCAGUGGUCCAACAUUAUUACAACUAAAAGUAAGAUUCAGUCUACUUAUCUGCUUAGCUUCUGUGCCAGGGAUGCUCAAACAUAGAUUCCCAGAUAUUCUUAGACUACAACUCCAAUAAUUCCUCACUACUGAUUGGGCUGGCUAAGGCUUUAGGAAUUUGUAGUCACACAAUAUCUUAGAAGCCCAAGUUUGGAAACCACCGUUCUAUAUUCACAGCAUUAAUAGCAAGAUGUGAAGGAGAUCUGGCUCUGAGAAGGUCACCUCAUUGAUUCUGCUGAUCUUAGGCAAGUGCCCCUUUCCUCCCUCAAUACAUAGACUAUGCUAUGUAAAAAACCAGAGGUACACAAUGUGAGACCCUCCAGAAGUGGUCCUACUGCAACUCCCAUCAUCUCUCACCAUUGGCAACUUGCAGCUUUGCCCACCACUACACUAGAGUCUCAGGAGAUGUUGGUUUCAGAUGAUCAUGAAUAGAGUUUACUAGAUCAUGGAAGUGUUUAUUCUUAAAUGGAUUAUCAAAGAAUAAAUAAAUGUUUGUGUUGCUUUGUUCUUGUGUCCAUCAGAAGUGGGAUUUGGUUAGCCUGGCUCAUCUGAUCUUUUGAUUAGUCAGACUGAAAGUGGCUGGAAAACCACCGAACUUCAUAACUUGUGUAUUUGCAUCCAGGUGAAACAUUGCCAUUGAAAAGUGACAAUGGAUCUCUUUUAUCAGGGUUGGGAAUGUGUUUUAUUACACAGCUCCCAUCGUUGGUGUUGCUCAGAAUUGAUGGGAGCUUCUAUCCAGCAAUUUCUUGAGGGCCAGAACAUCUCCAUCCUUGACUCAAGUUGGAGAUUGAAAAAGUGUGGGGAUGCCAUGUAUAAAGCACAUGUUAACUUUCUUGAAUGUAUUUAAAUUUUUUUAAAACAGCGUGCAUCUACCAAAACAGUGCAAUUGCUCUUUAUUACAGUGGUGUCGUUUCCAGUUUUAGUGCUGUCCAUAUUUUGUGUCGCCUUAAAUGUCAUUCUGUGUAUUAGUCUAGGUUGAACUCGAAGCACUUAAUUGCUAUUUUUAAAGCAUCAGUUGGAUGCCUAUUGAUACGUGUAAAACAUUGCUAUGGAGGGUGAACAUGGCUAAGACAUGACCUACUUUUUGAAUUGCUAAAUUGAAUAGAAUCUCGAGAACAUUUGUCCCUUCAUGACCGAGGAUCACCAAUUAAGCAAAGGAAAGACUAAACAUUUGGAGCUUUUUAGUUUAGGGGCAGGAGAAGACUAAGGUGGGAAAUACUACAGAAGUAUAUCAGAUUUACAUAACAUGAAGAGUAAGAAUACAUUCCCUUCCCCUUUCCAUAAAUACUAAAAACAGAGUCACUGCAAUAAUGUUGGUGGGCAGUCGAUCCAGGAUGGAAUCUACAUACAAGGUCUAAUAAGCCAUGAAGCAAUGAACAUUCAGUUCAGUACAAGUUUUAAUUUCUUUUCAUGUACUGAAAAUGCAAACAAAUACGAAGCAAUGCAAAAUUGGCAAGAGAAAGGUUCUGGAAAGGGUUUUUUUUGUAGCAUAUUUUAAAAUAAGAGGCAGACCAUAACAACUCCAAAGUGGUCGAUGCAGCUUAUCACUCUCUUGAUACAGUGAAAGUCACCGCCUUUGUGUGUUGAAGGAACAGAGUUGUCUGGUUGACUGAAAUUAAUCAGUUUUCAAAAAGACAUCGUUUCUAUGUUCUUUUCAAAAAGAUGAUCCUUUUUUGUGUUCUUAUUUUACAACUUUUGCCUCACUACAAAAUGCAAUCAAUAAAUGAUUUGGCCCAUG